GGAAGAGUCUCAGUGGGUGCAGUUCAUGUUAGCCCGAGCGUCGCUGUUAGCAGGCAGCGCUGACAAGUGGUUAGUGUGCAGUUCUACGACACAUUUCUGUUUACUAAGCUACACUCAGGGGUGUAAUCGAGGCUUUCCGACGACUGCUGCGCCAAGAUGAGCUUCUUGUUUGGCAGUCGCUCAUCUAAAACCUUCAAGCCGAAGAAGAACAUCCCAGAGGGCUCCCACCAGUAUGAGCUGCUGAAACAUGCCGAGGCAACGCUGGGCAGUGGCAACCUGAGACAGGCUGUCAUGCUGCCAGAGGGAGAGGAUCUCAAUGAAUGGAUUGCAGUCAACACGGUGGAUUUCUUCAACCAGAUCAACAUGCUGUAUGGCACCAUCACUGAGUUCUGCACCGAGACAAGCUGCUCUGUGAUGUCUGCAGGACCGAGAUAUGAAUAUCACUGGGCUGAUGGCACCAAUAUUAAAAAGCCUAUCAAAUGCUCUGCGCCCAAGUACAUUGACUAUUUGAUGACCUGGGUGCAGGAUCAACUGGACGAUGAGACACUUUUCCCCUCCAAGAUUGGAGUCCCCUUUCCCAAGAAUUUCAUGUCCGUGGCCAAAACCAUCCUGAAGCGUCUGUUCAGAGUUUACGCUCACAUCUACCACCAACAUUUUGACUCCGUGAUGCAGCUGCAAGAGGAGGCUCACCUCAACACCUCCUUCAAGCACUUCAUUUUCUUUGUUCAGGAGUUCAACCUCAUUGACAGGCGAGAGCUUGCUCCUCUGCAGGACUUGAUCGAGAAGCUCGGGUCCAAGGACAGAUAGACAUUUCAUCACGUGUCUUUUUUAAAAACAGUUUCUUUUUUCUCCUUUGUCCCUGUCUGUGACCUCUUCUACCUCUAUGACUUCUAGCCUCAGCUCUUAAAAUCUGUGCCUUCUUCUUUACAUUUCCUUAAUGUUUGUACUGUACUUCUCCUUUUAUUCCUUUCCGUUCUCUUGGAUGCUGUCUUUGAGCCCUUUUUUCCAUUUUAGCCUCUUUAGAUCAUAUAAAAUAGUGUAGAAGGAGUAAAAAUAUUUUAUCACAGGACUGUGGUUAACGACUCUGUUAGAGCAACCUACUGAAUUUUAUAUUGGACCAAGGACAUUUGGAAGUUAAAGUGAAAAACAGCUUUUCAGAAGUUGUUGGACAGUGUUUUCAUGGUCUAAACACUUGCUAGUUGAUUCCUUUUUGUUAACUUUGAGCUAUUGUAAUUACAGUGACUGACCAAAUAUCCCAGUCGUAGAUUUUUUUUACAUGUCUGUCAUUGAUGUACAGAGGAGAGUAGUAGGAAUGACGGCAAGAAAAGUAGUGACGUUAAAUAGGUCUUGGGUGGACGUUUGUACGCGUAAUAAUGCAUGACGGCAGGCACAAAAACACACCAGGAUAUAGUAUAAAUCUCUGUCACAAGCUGGUUCUGUACCUGAUAUCCUACAUGUGCUAACAUGAUUCCUAUUAACUCGCUCAGUGACAGAUAAUUCUGAGAGGCCUUUGUUCUCGCCCCACAAAACUCACCAUCGACUGCAUACAGCUAUUUCAGUUUGGUCAUGCAAUAUUGUGUUUGCACAGUUUUUUUGGCUAUUUUUCUUAAAUAGUAAAAUGUGAGAUUUAGUGAUACCUUUUUAUCUGCGAUUUAGUAAUUAUUAAUAGCCACUUAAAGCUCAUAAAAUGGCCCUAAAAGCUGUACAGUGUCCAUCUUGUUAACAGCAAAAGUAGUCAAAUGUGAAUUUUUAUUUUUACAAUCAUUUCAGUUUAAGGUCUGUGGUUUCGACCAGCUAUGGAUUUCUUUUUUAGUGUCUUUUUUAUUUUGUUGUUUCAAUGCUGGUACUUUUUUUCCACUAGAUAAUUCCCCCCUGGAUUGGAAAGUAGAGUAACAACUAUUGUACCUGUACACCGAAGAUGUAUGUAGUUUUUCAAAGUCUUUAUUAGUCUUUAGUGCAUUUAUAAUUCUCACGGUAAUUUCCUUCGCUUGUUCUGGCUACAGCAGCAGGGCUGUUUGUACUGCCAUCCUUUCAAAAACCGAUGCAGCUAAUAUUCUUGAUGAACGUUUCACCUGGCAAAGUGUGAUCAAAGGAACUGGUUCAUAACCUGCUUCAUAUUGGACCUAAAUUAAUAUCAGACAAUCGUGUAACCAAUUACGACGAAUUAAUAUCUUAAAAUGUAUCACCGGGAAAUAACCUAUGGAAUCAGAGGCAGCAGAGUGUUCAUUUUAUAAUUUAGACUAUUCUGAAAGCUUUCUCAUAAUGUGAAAAAAACUAUCUACUUUAAGGUCCACAACUUGCUCGGCAAAAAAUAAAAAUAAGAAAUCAAGCCAGCGUCCUUGAAGUUAUGUCUGCAGGCCAUCCAUUACUUUCAAUCUAUACUCGAUUACAUAUUUUUGAAAUGUAUUGCUUUUCUCACAGUUUUAUUUGUAAGCUUUUGGUAUGGAGUUACAUUUCAUAUUACAUUGUAAAAAUGUUGGCUUUCUCUUUUGAAUCGUAUAAGAAACAAGGGCUUUGAAAUGAAUUAAAAGUUUUUAUGUUUAUUUUCAAUAUUGGUCCAAUCAUCAGGUGGUCAUUCAGACUGGGAGGAGUCACAGGAUGUCUGUACCACGUCCACACAUUUGCUGUAAAUAAGAUCAGUGUUUUAUCUGAACAAAACUGUGCCUUACAUUAACGAAAAUGUCUAAUAAGACGGUAUUGACAGAUCAAAAACUCAAUAAACACUGAAAGGAC